AUGGCCCAACGGUAUAGAGAGCUCGCGGCGCUGUUCCCGGGCGAGGUGCUCGUGACGUCCUCCGCGUCGAGCACGCAGCGGGGCGCGCUGUACGUGCUCGAUGCGGCGGCCGCAUCCCAGACGCCGCUCCUGCACUGGAAGGGCGCGGCGCACGUCGCACAGCACGGAUUCGACGCGACCCCUUCUGCGACGCACGCAAAAAACGACGCAGGGCACAGCGGGUGGGCAGUCGCGGUCGAGGCAGACAAGGCCGUGCUCAACGUGUACCACUGGCAAAAAGAUCAACCGGCCCAGCGCAUCGUCCUCCCACAGAAAAUGACGUGCAUCGCACUAGCUCGCCGCAGUGCACUGGUCGCCGCAGGCACCGACGACGGGCGCCUGUACGUAUGGGACAUGCGCAGCGGUGCACUCGUGUGCUCGUUCGAGGCGCACUACCGCGCCCUCCGCUGCCUCCGCUUCUUUGACGACGACGCAGCGCUCGUGUCGGCCAGCGACGACGGGCGCGCAUGCGUAUGGAGCACGCCGGGCCUCGCGCGCUGCACCGACCUCGCGGGGGGGCGUGCGAAUGUCCCGACAGCCUACGCGACGCUCACAGACCACACACUGCCAAUCACCGACGUGCACGUCGCGGGACGCUUCCCGGAAAGCGCCGUCGUGUGGACCGCCAGCGCCGAUGCCUCGGUCAAGCUCUGGGACCUGCGCACGCGCCGCCUCAAGAGCACCUUUACGCUCCCGGGGCCGGUGGCCGCGCUCGCCAUCGACCCGCUCGAGCGCUUCUUCUUUGCAAGCCUCCACGGCACGGCCAAGGCGUACCGUGUCGAGCUCUAUACCAACGACCCCGGCGCAUGGCACGCCCGGGGCGGACGCGGGGCGGAGGGCGCCUCGGACACGAUCUCCGCCGAGCACGCCCACGUUCUCCUCGCCGAGCCCAUCACCGCCAUGGCACUCACGCAGGCGGCGUCGCACAUUGCCCUCGGCACACAGAACGGCCAGGUGCACAUUGUCGACGUAACGACGCUCCAGGUAGUCCGCGUGCUGCACGCCAGCGCCUCGCUCGCCGCCGCGCCCAACACGCCCGUGACCAACAUUUUGUCGAUGCCGCGACCGCCGGACCUCGUCGGCGCAGCGCAGCUGCGUGCGAAAAAGAGCCGCGAUGAGACGAGCCCGUACGUCGCGUCGCUGCCUGCGCGCCCUGUCGCGCAGCAGUUUGCACGUACGCUCGGCGCGCCGAUGGACGCGCCGAGCGUCUUGGUGCGCAUCGGCGACGGCGCAGGCACCGCGGCACGCGACGUGCACACCUACCUCGGCGCCGAAGCGCCGGCCGAGGCGCCGCACGCCGCGGCCAGUGCCGCGCCGCGGCCGGCCGCGGAUCCGGCGCACGCCGCGCGUGUGCAGCAGCUCGAGGACGAGCUGCGGCGCGCCAAGGCGCUCAAUGACGAAAUGUGGCAGCAUCUCGUCCAGGCAAACGUCGCCGCGCAUCGAUAG